AAAGUAGUCCAAACGAAGCGUCGCCGAUAAAAACCGAGCCGUCAUGUUUCCGACCCUCCCUCUCUGCCUCUGUCCACCGGCCAGGCUGCAGCUCCAGACUCCCUCGAAACGAAACAACAAGAAACAGCCAUGUCGGAGAAACUGCCCUACAAAGUGGCCGACAUCAGCCAGGCAGAAUGGGGACGCAAGGCCAUCGACAUCGCAGAGAACGAGAUGCCGGGCCUGAUGAAGAUGAGGGAGCUGUACGGCCAGUCCAAGCCUCUGAAGGGGGCUCGCAUUGCAGGCUGUCUCCACAUGACCCUGCAAACUGCAGUGCUCAUUGAGACCCUCACAGCCCUGGGAGCUGAGGUACAGUGGUCCAGCUGUAACAUUUUCUCCACUCAGGAUCAUGCUGCUGCUGCCAUCGCCAAAUCUGGCGUUCCAGUGUACGCAUGGAAGGGUGAGACUGACGAGGAGUACGUGUGGUGCAUCGAGCAGACGCUGUACUUCAAAGACGGCCAGGCCCUCAACAUGAUCCUGGAUGAUGGAGGAGACCUCACCAACCUGGUCCACCAGAAGUACCCCAAACUGCUGGCAGGUAUCCGCGGAGUGUCGGAGGAGACCACCACAGGUGUUCACAACCUGUACAAGAUGCUGAAAAAGGGCGAACUGAAGAUUCCUGCCAUUAACGUCAACGACUCUGUCACCAAGAGUAAGUUCGACAACCUGUACGGCUGCAGAGAGAGUCUGAUCGAUGGCAUCAAGCGAGCCACCGAUGUCAUGAUUGCUGGGAAGGUGGCGGUGGUGGCGGGUUACGGAGACGUCGGUAAAGGCUGCGUUCAGGCUCUGCGGGCCUUUGGUGCUCGUGUCAUUGUCACAGAGAUCGACCCCAUCAACGCCCUGCAGGCUGCUAUGGAGGGCUAUGAAGUGACCACCAUGGAUGAAGCCUGUAAGGAAGGAAACAUCUUUGUCACCACCACUGGCUGUGAAGACAUCAUUCUGGGACAUCACUUUGAGAGCAUGAAGGAUGACGCCAUCGUUUGCAACAUCGGACACUUUGACUGUGAGAUCGACAUGAGCUGGCUCAACAAGAACGCUGCUGAGAAGAUCAACGUUAAACCCCAGGUCGAUCGGUUCCGUCUGAAGAACGGCCGCCACGUCAUCGUCCUGGCAGAAGGCAGACUGGUCAACCUCGGCUGUGCCAUGGGACACCCGUCAUUUGUGAUGAGCAACUCCUUCACCAAUCAGGUGCUGGCUCAGAUCGAGUUGUGGAAAAACACAGCGAAGUACCCCCUCGGAGUCUACUUCUUGCCCAAGAAGCUGGACGAGCAGGUGGCAGCCGCUCACCUGGAUAAACUGGGAGUGAAGUUGACCAAACUGACAGACAAACAGGCCAAAUAUUUGGGCCUGCCCUCCGAGGGGCCUUUCAAACCCGACCACUAUCGCUACUGAGCGCCCCCGUUAGCCCGGGAACGAAGAAGAGGUUGUGCUCUGAGGGCCGUGGUUGGUUCAACGCAGCCGGAUCUCAGGGAUACUGACGGUGUUUCCUCAUCACAUCGCCUUUUUACGAAACCCUUUAAGUGUUGGAUUGUGCUGAUGUGAGAAAUCGAGCACAAACGAUUUUAAGUGCCCCUCAGCUAAUUGGAGGUAGAAGCACAAAACUAGAAGCUUCAGUAAGCAGAAGAUUUAUUGACACAAGGGUGAAAAAUAGGCAGAUUUUUUGACUUGAAAUAGUUUAGCUCCUUUUCUUCACGUCCAACUGUCUUUUCUCGUUCUCAUCCAAACGUUUCUGAAACAUCAUGUGGCUGUCGGAGAAAAUUCCUCUUGUUCAAGUCAUUCCCGGUCCGUUAAAUCAGUCACAGAAAGCCCGGAUGUGUCUGAAAGACUUUAACCUUAAUCAGCAGGUUCAUGGGAUAUCGGUGUAUAACGGUUUUGUGUACUGUGGUCAUAAUUCAGCGUAUCGGCAUUAACAGCGCUUCCCGUUGGCACUUAGUUAAAACUGUAUUUGUAUUCUGUGAGGAGACUGGGAAUCUUCUGGAAAGCUAGCUGGGUUUGUUCGUAGCUUCAGGUAGGAGAUGUAAUGCUGCCUAUUCAGUUGCCAAAGGACCUGCUUGUUUUUGUUCACAAAUCAUUUUCUUAAAAUGUGAUUUUUAUUUAGUUUUAAAACUGUACGGAUCAGUGCUCCCCUCAGAUUCUUCCUCGGAUCCGUUUGGCCAAUCGGGUUUUUCUGAUCUCAGAGGUCAGCGAAUCGGGUUGAAGUGGGCGUCUCAGUUCAUGGUUCCAGCUUUCAGGUUCAGAUGCUCAGAAAUGGUGGCUUCAUGCUGAAAUUGUGACCAUGACGAAUAAAAUGAUUUUAAAAAGA